ACAGAUAAACUCUGCAUGAGAGAAGAAAGGCCACAGGAAAAUGGUUUCUGCUUAUCUUUACUCCCAGUAAGAAAGGCUACACAUGCUAACGUUGUCUGUUUGCUUUCUAGGUGGACUAUUUGUGCCCGUGUCACCAACAAAAGUCAGAUCCGUACCUGGAGCAAUUCCCGAGGGGAAGGGAAACUUUUCUCUAUAGAACUUGUAGAUGAAAGUGGUGAAAUCAGAGCAACUGCUUUCAAUGAGCAGGUGGACAAGUUCUUUCCCCUUAUUGAAGUGAACAAGGUGUAUUAUUUCUCAAAGGGCACUCUGAAGAUCGCUAACAAGCAAUUCUCAGCUGUUAAAAAUGACUACGAGAUGACUUUCAAUAAUGAGACUUCUGUACUUCCCUGUGAAGAUGGCCAUCACUUACCCACAGUUCAGUUUGAUUUCACAGGGAUCAGUGACCUAGAGAGCAAGUCUAAAGACUCACUUGUAGACAUAAUCGGGAUCUGCAAGAGCUAUGAAGAUUCAACAAAAAUCACAGUGAAGUCUAGCAACAGAGAAGUUGCUAAGAGAAAUAUUUAUCUGAUGGAUAUGUCAGGGAAAGUGGUGACUGCAACUCUGUGGGGAGAAGACGCCGACAAGUUUGAUGGUUCUAGGCAGCCUGUGAUGGCUAUCAAAGGAGCCCGGGUCUCCGACUUUGGUGGGCGGAGCCUCUCUGUCCUGUCAUCUAGCACUAUCAUUGUGAAUCCUGACAUCCCAGAGGCCUAUAAGCUCCGUGGAUGGUAGGUUUUAUGGGCCUCGGCUAAG